AUGUUCGUGAGUCGCCGGGCCGCAGAUGGAUUACUUGUGUUCUCGGGACAAAAGGUGAAGGACAGAAUGAGUUUGGCGAAAAAGAGAAAAACUGAUGAUUCCUCAGGUAAGGUGCUAAAAAUUUGAUGGAUUUCGAUUUUUUUUUUGAGUUUAAAAAGAAACUAGAUUUAAAUUAACCUUGACAAGGUUUGAAGUGUGUGUGCAGAUGGGGGCAGACACAGGGGGCGGGAUUGUAUAUCAUAGAUAAGAGGCUGGCUUGUCUAAAUCAAGGUCAAGGUCAAGUUUAAGGACGUGUGUCGUUCAGGUCACGUGUCGACCCAGAACUUGACACAUGCACAUGUCAGAAAACUGGCAAAAGUGAUAAACCAACGUAAUCAUAAUAAUACAUGAUGAAGAUGAAGUGUAGUUUUUGAAAAAUUCAGUGAGAUGUACUGAAGUCUACGGAGUAACAGGUUCCUAUAUAUAUAUAUCGGAAAACUUAAAUAAGGUGGGGACUUGAUUAUAGGAUUGAAGUUGGAACAUAUUUUGAUGGCUCUGUAGAAGAAUCAGGAUUCUGAAGCCAGCGCGCCCCACACCCCACCCCGGAAAACAUAUUGUCAAAGUAAGUUUAACCGGCUUCACAGCAUCGAUUGGUGUUCUAUCUACAUUAAACCUAGCCAGCUAGCUUACCGUCGGACAGCUGUCCGAAUGUCGGUACCUGGUAAUACACGAACAACAUUGAAACAUUUCAUCACCCCUACCCUAUCACAACAGGAUAUCUUUGCCGGUCAUUGGAGGGAGGGGGGGAGGCGAGGACAGGCAAAUGGACUGCACUAGUAAAGAGUUUCCAGGAAUACAGGAAUAAUUAAGUUUUAGAACCUUCGUCAAAUAAAAGUUCAUGUUCGUACAGAGUGACUCCAGAUGUGUUUCAAGGACAACUGAAGACUAUGGGUAGGGGAGAAAAGGGGGAUAAUGUCACAUUCAAAACGUCAUGUAGCGCCAAAUGAUCUAUUAUCUGCAAAAAUACAAAGAGCAUAAUUUUCAUCUCAAUGCUUAAUUUUUUAUCAAUGUUUUUGUCGUGUUACGUUUUAUGUGGGCAUCUCAUAGAAUGUGUUGUUGGAGAUACCAUAUUACAAGGUAUCUGAUCUCAUAGAAUGUGCUGGUGGAGAUACCAUAUUACAAGGUAUCUGAUCUCAUAGAAUGUGCUGGUGGAGAUACCAUAUUACAAGGUAUCUGAUCUGUUGGUGGAGAUAUCAUACAACAGGGUAUCUAAUCUCAUAGAAUGUGUUGAUGGAGAUACCAUAUUACAUGGUAUUUGAUCUCAUAGAAUGCGUUUGUGGAAACACCAUACUACAGGGUAUUUCAUCUUACAGAAUAUAUUGUUGAAGAUAUCAUACAACACGGUAUUUGAUCUCGUAGAAUGUUUUGUUGAAGUUACCAUACAACUGGGUAGUUGAUAAAUUUAAGCACAAAUUUUUAACCCAAGACCAAACAGCCAUGUGUUGUUACCAGUAAAAGGAUAAUUGCAUUUGAAGAUAACCUUUUGCUUGUUGGGGGAUUAAAACUCGUAUCUUAUAUCAAUCAAUAUAAUUCUUUUUGUAUUGAAUUGUUUCUUUAAAAAUACCGCAAGUGCUUUCGGUGCGCAAUAUUUCCUUUUGCUGUACGGAAAUAGUCUGAGUUUAUUUAUAAUGUAACAAACCUGCGGCGCUUAUGGGGGGUGGGGAAUCAGAAUAUAAAAUAAAAAUCUGUAAAAAACACAACAUCACUUACUCUCUCAGGUAUGCAGAUUGAGUUUGCUCAUACAGUGCGAGACCUGGGUGUCUAUUUAGACAUAACACUUACUAUGGAAAAUCAUAUUAACAUGCUUUGCAAGGCAAUUUUCCUAGAGCUGCGCAGGAUUAGUCAUAUCAGACCUUUCUUAACGUUAGAUGCAUCAAAGAGGCUGAUGUCUGCAUUUGUGCUAUCACGCAUGGACUACUGCAAUGCUCUCAUGGUGGGUCUCCCAGCUACGCUCCUGGAUAAAAUUCAAAGAGCACAUAAUAAUGCGGCUCGCAUUGUUCUUCACAAACGCAAAUUAGACCAUGGUAAAACACUUCUGAGAGAGCUGCACUGGCUGCCGGUCCGCGCUCGCAUAGAGUACAAAUUGCAACUUUGUGCUACCGCUGCUUACAUGACCCGGCGCCAUCAUAUCUCAAAGCACUCAUGACGCCUUAUGUACCCACUGGUGAGCUCAGCUCAUCCGAUAGUGGCAAAAUAUCGAUACCUUGUGUUCGCCUUGAGACUAACUGAAAGCGCACUUUUGCAUUUGCCGGCCCAACAAUUUGGAACACCCUUCCAGUCGCUCUCAGAAACAGCCAGACACUGGAGUCCUUUAAAACCGAUUUAAAAACAAAUCUAUUUCGCCAACACCUUCUGGGGUGUUGCUAUCUACCAUCUUUUUCAGUUAAUGUAUAUUGGCCUGUGUUGCUUAUAGUUGAAACGGGAUGAAAGGCUUUGACUUGGUAUGCUCGUAUGUAGUUUUAUAUUAUUGCGUCUGUUUUUUUUACUGUGGUAAAUUUUAGAUUGAUUUUAUUUCUCUUUAUAAUGUGGUUGACUUUGUACCACGAUUUGAGCUUUUGGGGAUGAAGCGUGUUUUUCAAAUAAACUUUAUUAUUAUUAUUUUUUUAAAGUGUUCGGUGACGUACAUCGGGGGAGUGGGGGUAGGACUAAUUUGAAUUCUUAUGAAGUGCGUUACUCAAAUGCAUGUUUGGUCAAGUAACUUUUGUAGAUGGGAAGUUCACGCAUCGGCGACGCCCUUGGUUUGGUGGGUUAUAACCAGUUGUACAAUGUUUCCGUUUCCGAAUAAGAAACAUUCUGAAAGAAUUCAGUUUUUAUUGUAGAAAAUUACUUGUGUAAAAAAAAAAAAAUACGCACAUCUUUGAACUGCUGGGUACAGAGUGGUCCAGACCAAGACUUACUAAACAUGCAGUUACAAUGGAAGCACAAGAGAUUUGUUGUUAUGUAAUAGGAGUAUAAGGGAAAUAAGAUAUUAAAUGCGUUACGAGUUUGCGACCUCUUUAAUCUGUUUUCUCAUAAAACCCUUUCGUGGGCUCUUAACUUUGAAAAUACAAAAUUUCACUCUGUGUAGAGUGAAAAUAAAUCAUUGACACAUUUUCCAGAAAAAUAGGAUUUUCAGAUUAUGAAAUGAAGCUUUAUGGCGGUCUCUUUAGAAAAGUGAACUCUUGGGUUUUUGAGCUCCCAAUUGUAGCUUGUUUGGUCCAUGCACAUUGAAUUGCUUGUUUUGUCUAUGUACAUUGAAUUGCUUGUUUUGACCGUGUGUAUUGAAUUACUUGUUUUGUCCAUGUGCAUUGAAUUGCUUGUUUUGACCGUGUGUAUUGAAUUGCCUAUUUUGUCUAUGUACAUUGAAUUGCUUGUUUUGACCGUAUGUAUUGAAUUGCUUGUUUUGUCCAUGUGCAUUGAAUUGCUUGUUGUGACCGUGUGUAUUGAAUUGCUUCUUUUGUCUAUGUACAUUGAAUUGCUUGUUUUGACCGAAUGUAUUGAAAUGCUUGUUUUGUCCAUGUGCAUUGAAUUUGCUUGUUUUGACCGUGUGUAUUGAAUUGCUUAUUUUGUCUAUGUAAAUUGAAUUGCUUGUUUUGACCGUAUGUAUUGAAUUGCUUGUUUUGACCACGUGCAUUGAAUUACGUGUUUCAUGUUACGCAGAUCUAUCGCCGGACCUAGUGGCGCAGUACCUCAGACAGAACCCGGAAGUGCUCGACCAGUACGUCGCCAGCAAUGUCAGCGCAGAGAGGAUAGACAAGUGGCUUCAGGCCCGACCAGUUGUUCCGUAUUCUAGACAUUUUAAUUCCCAGUCUCAUACGCCAACUCUAAAUGGUAAGAACAAAAACAUGUGGGCUCUAAACGCCGCUGUUCAUUCUUUGCUCUAUGCAAAACAUUCAUUGUUCAUUUUGUUUUUGUUAAAGGGACUUUCAAUUUAAGUGGAAAGCCACACCAGCUGUAUAAGUGUGUCACCAUCAUUACCCGCUCGUUAUUAAAGAUCUUGAGAGUAUUUUUGGUUUAAUUGGGCGCAUGACACCGCCUCAUAUUAUUUCCACGCCUCCAUUUUUCAUUCUCUAUAACAGCGGUUCUCAACCUGUGUUUUGUGACCCCUAGGGGAGUGGGGGGAGGGGUUUCUAACGACCCUAACACAGGGGGUGCGUAAGACCAUCGGAAAAAAACACAUAUUUAUGAAGAAGCCACGAAAAUAAUUGUAUGGUUGGGGGGUCACUACAACAUGAGGAACUGUGUUAAAGUGUCACGGCAUUCGGGAGGUUGAGAACCAUUGCUCUAUCAUCUUCCUGUUUCUUUAUUUUUAACUUUAUAUUAAAAAAUCCCAUAAUUUUUUAUCGUUUGUUAUUUCUAUUUUUUAAUGACGGUUCUCAUUUUAGAUUUUUUUUAUAUUUAUAAACAUCCUUUCAUAAAAUAUUCUCACUUGUCAAGUUAAAAAUAAACCUUGAAAUGAUAGUUGUAUCAUAUGCAAGCCCCCCUCCCCCACAUCCACUGGGGCCAAACGAUCAUUGUAUCUGACCUAAGGUAUUGCAAUUCGCCACGAUAUAUAUGUCUGCAGUAUCUACUUUAUUUACGUCAUGACACCAUAAACUAAUACGCUAACUCCAAAGAGUUUUCUCUUACACCUGUCUUAUUCUCCACAGGUGAACACACGCCGGAAAAAAGAGUUGCAUUGUCCAAAUGGAAAGUAAGGAUUAGAGUUUAUCCUGGAUUAUCCUUUUUUUUUUUUUUUAAAUUUAAACUGAUAACGAAUCACCAUUACUAUGAGUUAAAAUGUAUAAAAAAAUUAUUAUUAUCAUCUCUUAAUAUUCUAAUGGCCUCCCAUCUUUUACACUUUUUUUUUUUUUUUUUAAAUUUAAACUGAUAACGAAUCACCAUUACUAUGAGUUAAAAUGUAUAAAAAAAUUAUUAUUAUCAUCUCUUAAUAUUCUAAUGGCCCACCAGCUUUUACACCACCGAUUUAUUCCACCAAAUAUUUCAUUAAAACAAAUUUAAAUAUUACGCACCAAACGCACUUGCGAUAUUUUUAAAAAAAGGAAUCUCAUUUAGCGCACUUAUCGGGAAUUUUAUUUGAUCAUAUUAGAGGCAUAUUUCAUUUAUCUUCCCCUUGAAAAAAAAAAGGAAAAACUUAUUUUGGGGGGCUGGGAUUGGGUAGGUGGGGGGGGGGGGCUGAACAUUUGCUAGAAUAUGUUGUCAUCGGCAAUGAUUCUAUAUGCCAGGUUUCAGCUCGAUAAUUUGACGGCAAAGGGGUCAUUGAGCCGUCCGAAGAUUUUGCUCUAAACAAUUAAAAGUGAAUGAAAAGAAUUUAAAAAAAAAAAAGUUAAUCUCUAAUUGUCGACAACAAAAAUAAAUUUAAUGAAAGGAUGAGCUUCUUAGCUUAGCUGUUCGUGUUAGGGUUAGGGUUAGGGUUAGGGGAGGUAAUUGUUUCUUACAUAUUUUGUAUAAAUUAUUAGCAAAAUAUUCUAUUCAAUGUAUAUUUAGAUAGAAGCUUUUCUUGUCACACAAUGGCGGUAACAAGAUUACAUAUUCUAAGAUUACUUCAAGUUAAAAAGACGCUUAUCUAAAAGAGAAUGACUUGGGUUUUUCUUUCCAGACCAGACUUCAAACCAGCAAAGGUCGCGUGCUGCAGGAGCUGUCCAAAGAGUUCCACCACACGAGCGGGAAGGUCAUGGUGCUGCUGGAGCUGGCCGCAUGUGUGGCUUCAGGUAGGUGUUCCACCUGCAUUGUGAAGUGUGUGGACCCAGGUAAAUGUUCCACCUGCAUUGUGAAUUGUGUGGUCCCAGGUAGUUUUUCGACCUGCAUUGUGAAGUGUGUGGUUCCAGGUAGGUGUUCUUCCACCUGCAUUGUGAAGUGUGUGGCCCCAGGUAAAUGUUCCACCUGCAUUGUGAAUUGAGUAAUCCCAGGUAGGUGUUCCACCUGCGUCGUGAAUUGUGUGGUCCCAGGUAGGUUUUCCACCUGCAUUGUGAAUUGUGUGGUCCCAGGUUAGUGCUCCACCUGCGUCGUGAAUUGUGUGGUCCCAGGUAGUUGUUCGACCUGCAUUGUGAAGUGUGUGGUCCCAGGUAGGUGUUCAUCCACCUGCGUCGUGAAGUGUGUGUCCCCAGGUAGGUUUUCUUCCACCUGCAUCGCUCUCAGGUAGCUCUCAGUACAUGUCUGAUCAGUUUUAAUGACAAACCAUGCUUAUAUCCAUUUGUAGAGUUGUGUCAUACAUAUUAGACAACCACUAAAUCCUAUAUAUGCAUUUUAAAAUUAUUUAUUUUAUAUUAAUUUCCUAAUGUCCAACCCGCUUUUACAACACAGAUUUAUUUCACCAACUACAAUGAAAAAAUAAAUAUAUUACGAAGCAAACGCACUUGCGAUAUUUGAAAAUUUAAAAAAAAAAUUCUGAUCAGCAACGAAGUUUCAACUCGAUACUUUGACAAGAAGUGGGUCAAUUAGCCGUCCGAAGAUUUCGCAACCCAGCCAAAAAAACAAAAAACAACAAACACAAUAACAAAAGCGAAGCAUUUCUGAUAAAGGAUUUAAAAAAAUGCUAUUUGUUAAGCAAAGAAAGCAUCAAUUAGAUCUCCAAUGUAAAUGAAGAUAUAAUGAUUGAUAUAAUUAUGUAAUAUAUUAUAUAACUUACUUUCAAAAAUUUUGUUGUACUCUGUGUUUCAGCAAUUGGCUCCGACUCCUAUACUCUCUACUCUUGUGAUCCGGACAAGAAGGUAAUGUUGGAAUAAUCGGCUAUCGUUUUCGCUUUACCAUCAUGUCGUUGCUUCAUAUAACACGUCCUCAAUAAAACACUGGCAGCACGUAACACAUUAGGUUUUGCCUGUUAUCUUUGUUUGUUUGUUUUGUUGUUUGUUGUUGUUUUUUGUUGCUGUUAUGGGGAGAGUCAAGACGGUUGUUGAUUUUCUGGGCUACAAAUAAUUCUUGUCAAAUACGGGGUUGAAAUACCCCACAAUUUUUGCUGCAUUUGGUUACUUUUGGCCCUUGUUACCAACGAAACAUUUUAAUUUCAGCUAUUCGGCAUACAACUUGAUAGUCGUUAAUAUUUUUAUUUUCCCCCUUUUUUUCAGGAGAUGAUUCGGUUAUCAAAAAAUGAAAUGUAAGUCAUUCAAAUUUAAAGACAAGCUUCCCAUUUCAAUCCUAUUUUUUUCAUAUUACACUAUCAGAUUUGAUGCAAACACAUCGCUUAAUUUUAAACUCACUUACGCCUUACGUCUUAAUUAGUUCAUGUUUCGAUUCUAGCGGUGAGGUGGUGUUCGGAUCCAAAGAGCAGAUAAUCCUGGGUACUUCGGUGGCAGCCGCGGUGGCGUAUUCCAAAGAACCAACACGGUUGCAGGACUUGUUAGAAGUGAGUUGUACAAGUCUCAUAAGUCAAUAAACUUUUUUUUUUCCUUCUUUAGUUAUUUUUUUUUAAAAUUAAUGUAUUCAUUAUUUUUUGUGUAGAUACAAUGGGGAUUAUGGAAAGUACAACAAGGUGCGGUGCAGCUUGACAUAUGGCUAAACAACUUAUCGCCAGCUUUAGAUAAAAAAUAAACAAUUGAACAAGUCGUAUUUAAGUUUCCAGCUUUGAGGGGAACCUAAUGUUUUUUGGGGGGUUCAUUUCUAGUUCUCUAAUGAGAUCUGUGUCGUGAUGUAGACAAGAAAAAGUAUAUUUAGGUAUGAAAAUCGAAACCAUAAAAGUACGAAAUCUUACCUGAGAUCCGGUGAUGGGUGUAUGACUCCUACGGUUAGUACGCCCACCCGCCCUCACUCCCCCAGAAUAGGUUUUGUAAAGGUUUCAUUUAAAGUGCGUCUGCCUCUUCACUGGUUUCAUUUACAAUCUGCCACUUCACUGAUAGCCACAGAUGGAAAGCUUUUUAACACACACGAUCUAUUCAAUCCAUCACUUCAUAUCCCCUUCACAAUUCAUUAUUUUUUGGUCUAACGUUACGAUUCAGGCCCUGGAAUUAGGCAGCUUCAUGUUUUUCUUCUCUUUUCUUAGCUCACCCAAUGUAUACACUAAGCGCAUUAACCUCUUUGAAUGCCUUUCAGGUACGACAGCCCGAGGUCCUCGGAGUCAGUGACAGUACGGCUGAAUCCCUCAUGGCACUGCCUAUCUUAGAUGAUGCCGAC